AUGGGUGGAAGCACGCGAAGCCCCGGUGCGUCGCACGAGAACGGCAAUGCACCUGACGCUGGGCUGAGGAGCUUGGAUCAUUACAAGAGAGCUCUUCCGCCAUGGCGAUACCGACUACGACAGCAGGCGCUGCCCUUGAUUCGAUGGGAAACGCCGUACCUUGCGUGGAUGCAGGAGAAGCUGCGCACGCCGGCGCUGGAUAGCUACUUUGCCAUUACGGCGAACCUGGGCACGCAUACCUUUUUCAUGGUCUUUCUGCCCAUGUGCUUCUGGUGCGGCCAGGCUUGGUUUGGGAAAGGGCUUGUGCAUAUCCUCGCCCUCGGCGUCUUCUGGACCGGCUUCAUCAAGGACUUUUACUCGCUGCCCCGACCGCUCUCCCCGCCGCUGCAUCGCAUCACCAUGUCCGGAUCGGCCGCGCUCGAAUACGGGUUUCCCUCGACACAUAGCGCGAAUGCAGUCUCCGUCGCCGUGUACGGCCUCCUGCUUCUGAAGAGCCCGGAGAAUACGCUACCGCCCACCAUGAAGCUGUUUUUGGAAUGCUUGUCCUACUUUUAUGCCGUGUCCAUUGUCUUUGGACGGCUGUACUGUGGAAUGCAUGGAUUUCUCGACGUCAUUGUCGGUUCCGUCACUGGUGUGGCGAUUGGGAUGCUCGAAUUUUACUACGGCCCCGCGUUUGACGCUUACAUGCAUUCGAGUUCUUGGGUCGCGCCUGUGGUUGCGUGCUUGGUCGUUGUCGUCCUUGUGCGCAUUCACCCGGAGCCUGCCGAUGAUUGCCCCUGCUUCGACGACAGCGUUGCGUUUGCAGGCGUCGUUAUUGGUCUCGAGUUUGGAUCCUGGACAUAUGGCAAGAUUCCCUGGGACCCCUGGGUGUCCAACGCCUACUCUGGAGACGGCACCGUCGACGUUACUCCUCUUGGCUGGGGUUUGAAUAUUGUACGAAUUGUCUUCGGCGUGCUCAUUGUCUUUGCCUGGCGCGAGACCAUGAAGCCGCUUCUUCUCAAGGGCCUGCCUCACCUGUUCCGUCUCAUCGAGUCGUGCGGAUUUACUCUGCCGCGUCGCUUCUUCACCCCUGCCAGCGAAUACAAGUCGGUGCCUCCCGGAUCCCGCAUCGAUACCUUGUUCCCUACCGCAUCCGACUUUCCUCGCAUGGUGGCGGGUAUUCGUCACCCAACCACGCGUGGUCGCUCCGUAUCCAUUGGUCCGCAGAGUGCCGCGGACGCGUACGAGACGCUGGCCUACCGCGAGCGUCAGCGCCGAGAGAGCAUCAGUAGCAACCACAGCCUCAAGAGCAAGUCCAGUAACCUUGACAUCCUCGGCAAGUCGGAAGACCAGGCCGGCAGAGCGCUGGCUUCGGGGGCCCAAAAGCCGUCCGCGACAGGAUAUGAAAACAUCAUUGCUGAUAAUGAAGCUGUGGUCGCUGGAGACGAGCCUACGGAGCAGCAGAGCCGAGCGGUCGACGAGAAGGAAGUUUUCGCGCUACUCGUCAAGCCGCGUGUACGGUACGAUGUUGAGGUUGUAACAAAACUAAUUGUCUAUACGGGAAUUGCAUGGUUUGCUGUCGCAUUGAUUCCCAUCAUUUUUGAGGUGGUUGGACUGGGGACAAAUCAUUUACGAACGCAUUAA